UCCGACAUGAGAAUCGUGUCCUGGAACGUGAACGGGCUCAGAGCAGUCCUGAAAAACAGGGGAAAACCUCUCAAGUCGUUUCUGGAUGAUUUCGAAGCAGACAUCAUCUGCAUUCAGGAAACCAAGGCAACCAAGCAGGGUCUGGAUAGAGGUAGCUGCAUUGCCAAUGGCUACACCUCUUUUUUCUCGUUCUGCAAGGUCAAAGGUGGAUAUUCAGGAGUGGCAACUUUCUGCCGCAGCUCUGCAACUCCAGUGAGAGCCGAAGAAGGUUUGACCGGAGCGCUGGCUCCUGCUAACGAGGGGGUGGGGUUUACCGGAGACUGCCACACCCACUUUACCACCAAGGACGAAGUACGUAGAAACCUAGCUCUCUCUCUCGUUGAAGUUCAUCCGUUUGAUUUCAGAUGUUGGCGUUUGACAGGGAAGGGAGGGCGGUUGUCACCGAGCACAAGUGUGGAGUGAGAGGAGAUGUGGAGGAGGGAGGAGGAGGAAUGGGAGGGGGAAAGACUGUGGUAGUCAUCAACGUCUAUGUGCCGAUGGUCGAUAGAGAUAAUGUGAAGGAAGACAGGCUGUCCUACAAGAUGCUAUUCUACUCUGUCCUACAGGACAGGUGUGCAGCGCUCGAGCAGGCGGGAAAGGAGGUGAUUGUGGUAGGAGACCUCAACUGUGCCAGAGACGCAAUUGACUCCGCCUACAUUCAGGACACACCCACUUUACUCCAAGGCUGUCCCGAGCGAGAGCGGCUGAAAAAAUUCAUCGUCUCUUCUCCCCCUGACCCCCCUCUCCCCUCUCCCUCCGUUCUUCUAGACACGUUCAGAUUCCUCCAUCCUGAUCAGCCAGAGGCCUACACGUGUUGGUCCACAUUCUUUGGAUAUAGGAAGACAAACUACGGCACAAGGAUCGACUACAUUCUCUGCAGUCUUUCUCUGACACCUCACCUCUGGUCUGCUGAGGUGUGGGCCCAGCACACUGGUUCAGACCACUGCCCCGUCAUGGCCGAAUUCUCCUCCCUCUCCCUCCUCCCCUCCCCUCAGGAGCCUUCUCUUUCCCUCCACCUCAUCCUCGGACGCCAAACAACUCUAUCUUCAUUCAUGGAGCCCAAAUUCAGUCAGCUAGGGGUUAAAAUUGCUGCCUCAACUGUAAAGAACAGCAGUGGGAAAGGGGUUAAAAGAAAAGCACCUGAAACAACUUCUUCCAGAGCAAAAAUGCCGAGAACUCUCCAGAGCUUUUUUAACCCUUCCACCUCUGGCCAAUCUACUUUGACCUCUGAAAAAACAGAGUCUGACAGAGGAGUAGAGCCAACAACAGAAAAUGAACUGGCCGCUCAACCCCCUUCCUCGUUUUUAUCUUCGUCUCAGCUCAAGCCGGAAUGGAGCUCCCUGUUCUCCGGACCGCCUAAACCUCCUCUCUGCAAGAAGCACGCAGAGCCAACCAUCUUGAGGACGGUGAGGAAGGCUGGGCCUACGAAGGGACGGCAGUUCUGGGUGUGCUCCCGACCGGCUGGGAGUCAGUCAGACCCUAACACACAGUGCGACUUCUUUCAGUGG